AUGAUUUUAAAAGAUAUUUUAAGAAAUAUUUCAAUAAUAGUAAACUCUUCAAAUGCAAAUGUUCAACCUAUAAUUGAUUCGAUUGAAAAAUUCAUUACAACACAAGAAUUUACCGCAGAACAACAUAAAGCUGACAAAAUUGAAAAAAUUUCUUCCGAAUUACAUCAGUUGUACAUUGCGAUAGAAGAUUUUCCUAAUAAAUUUUGUAGUUUUUUAAAAUGUUUAAGAGCAUUAUUACCUAUAUUAGGACCCGAUAUUAUUAUAUCAGAUUGGUGGGAUAAUGUAUUACUUAAUGUGCUACAAUCACCUUUACAACCAAAAGAGAUUGUUGAACAAGUAAAGGAAAUAGUUCAAGAUGUUUUAGUAUGUGAAACUGAUAAAGUUUUGGAAUUUAGAAAGGAUAUACUCGUUUUAUAUUUAAAAGAAUCUAAUUCGGUGGGAAAGGCUGCUGGAGGGGAGGAAGGUAUCGUUGGGGAACAAGUUCAUGCAUUCUGGUGUCGUAAUUUAGAUAGUGUAUUAAGGGGAUUUGGUGCUGUUAAAACCAAGAAUUCACAUAUCCAUCAAAUCUUAGAAACUCCAUUACUCGAUUCGUUAUUAACUUCACUUCAGCAAGACACGUCUACAACUUUACUUUCACUUUCACUCACAUCAUUAAUUAUGUUACUGCCUCAUAUAUGUACAUCCGUUAUUACUUACCUCCCAAGGCUAUACAUUAUCUUCGUUAGGAUUAUAUGUUGGGAUAAACAUAAUGCAAGACUUAUUGAUUUCGAAGAUGAAAUUAUAGGGAAUGAUGAUGAUGGACAAGAAACUUCAGGAGCAGUAAAUGUCGUAAAUUGGGAGCAAUGUGAUUCUUCUUUUGAUAAUGUGUCAUCCAGUCCACCAAAUUGUAUGCAUCUCUUUACGUUUUUGUAUGGUAUGUUUCCGUGCAAUACCGUAAAAUUUUUGAGGAACCCGACUGCGUGGUUCAAAGAAAUGGAACAGGUCACUACAGUAGAUGAUGAGAUCGAUGAUGAAAUUAUAAGAGCAAGAAGUUUGCCAUUAUUGCGACGGCAUAAACUUCAUCCAAGUCUUAUAACGAGUGAUGCCGAGAAGGAACUUUCUGAUACAUCAAGAUGGAUGAAACUCGAACCUGCUGAUAUAGUUGCCGAAUAUGUUAGCUAUGAUAUGGAAAAUGCUACUAAAAACUAUGAUUCAAAUGAGUUGGAAGGUUUCACUAAAGUGUUGAAGGAAGCCGAUACGACAGCAUCUGAGGUGACAACUGAAAAGGCGAGACCUCUCUCACAAGCGAUUUCUAUGAAGGAAAUUAUGGAAGUUCAUCAGGCUCUUAAAAGUGGUGCCGAUAUUGUCGUAGGAGAUGAUCCCUGGGCAUCCAAGAUCAUAUCAUAUUCGAAUUCCCUCACUAGUAAUCAUCCAAUUUCACCACCUGAGAAUAACGCGCCACCAUUGAAGCCGACAACAAAUAUACAAGCAAGUGUGGCAUUUUUGCAACGUGAAAUAAUGCUUCUAAGGAAUGAAUUGAAUUUUGAAUUUUAUCUCAAACAACAACACCUUCAACAUAUCGGCCGAUUACACCGCGAUCAUGUGUUAGAUAGUACAGUUGAAGCCGAAAGACAAAAUUUAUAUAAUACCUGUAGAACAUUAAGAUCACAGUUAUCAAAUACUCAAGCUGCAUUUAAUAGGCAAAGAACCGAAACUGCUCAUAUUAAAAAAAAACACGUUCAAUGGGAGGAUGAAUUAAAUGGAAAAUUAAAAAAAUAUAGAGAAGAGAAAAAGGAGUGGAAAGGUGUUUUGGAUAAAGUCGAACAGGAACUGAGAGAGGCCAAGCUUAUAAUAGAUGUGCAAAAUAAGCAGAUUGAAGAGAUAAGUGCAAAGAAUUUCUCGCUUGAAAAUCAAAUCAUUUUACAUGAGCCACAACUUCAGAAAUUAACAGAAUACGAACAAAGGAUCGAUCAGUUGACAAAACAGCUUAUCCUAUGGGAAGCUGAUACACGAAAAUUCCAAGAGCAAAAAAGAUUAAUGGAAUCUUUGGUAGGAAAAUGGCAUAAAAUGGAAGUGAUGUUGAAGGCUGGUGAACAGGAGAUCAAACAGUUAAAAUCCGUUAUUAGUUCACAAUCUUUUACCAUUGAUGAUUUGAAGAUUAAAUUGGAGUAUUACAAGAACAUCUCAGGAGGACCUGGAAAUGCAAUGGAAAAACAGAUAAGGAUGUGGUCAUUUGAAAGAGAUAAGAGAGAUAAGGAGUUUAUAAAAUUAGAAACUCGAUUUGAUCAAGUCAAAAAACAGAAUGGAGAAUUACAGUCACGCGUUAUUGAAUUAUUGGCUCAAAUUGAAUCACUUUCACCUAAAACGGUAGCGAAGGAGGAAACAAUUACUGAAGAAGCUGAUCAUAAUAAUAUCAAUAAAAAGAAUGAUGAUGAUGAAAAAGAAAUUACAAAUGAGAUUGCUAAGAAUGUCAAUGAAGAGCCUGAGACUAUGAACGAUAUUUCAUAA